UGCCGCUCUCGCUCCCAAGCUCCGCCAGCGUCCACGCCCGCAUCGGCAGGGCACCGCCGCGACGUCCCCAACAUCCACCGCCUCAUCCUCCAGAUGCGGUUCGAGCCUCCUCACCACCUCUUCUCCGCCACUGAGCCCGACCUCCUCUCGACCCUCUUCCCCUCCUCAAACCCUAAACCCUUAACCUCCUUCACCGUCCUCGUCCUCGACGUCUCCCUCUCCCCCUUCCCCAACCCUAACCCCAACCCUGGCUCCUUCACCCCCAUCCUCCACCAAAUCCACCUCCAGACCCCCGUCGAAGACCCCCAAUCGGACGCCUUCGUAUCCUCGAUUGGCGACGGAUCGGUUGUUGGUGGGUUUGUGCUUUGCUUUCCGAAUUACUCGUCGUUUCUUGCGAAGCCGGGGAUUUAUAUUGAGGAUAUUUUUGUGAGGGAGCCGUGGAGGAGGAGGGGGCUGGGGAGGAUGAUGCUGGGGGGGGGGGGGGAUGCGUACAAUGUGAUACCAUUUAGGGAUGAGAGUACUAAUUCUAUCAGAACAGCCUGCAUGCCUGUGAGCUGUUCUGAUCCAUACAAGAGCAAAAUAAAGGUUAGUUGGGGAGCUCAUGUCUUUAGUAUGGAUCAGAACAGUCUGCUCGCAUGUGGGCUUUUCUGA